AACUAUUAAACUAAAAUGUAAAUUCCCUUGUAAGAUCCUUUUAUUACAAGAUAUACUAUACAAGCCCAAUAAAAUACAUAUACAAUCAAUUACUUGAUCAUAGAUAACCCAACUAAUUUUCUUACGUACGCGAUUACGUAGUCGUAAUCAUGUGAACGUGUCGUCCUAUAAACAUUUCGGGAUUAGGUAGUGGCGAACGCGUGCCAGUCAGACCCCAGCGUUGUGGUCACCAGGAUUGUCGUUCCCUACCAUUUUCUAAGGGAUUCUCUCCUACCCCAAGGGUUCUCACAAGGGUUGGGCAGUAUAUAAGCGAAACUGCACCCCCUCUUGUCCUAAACGGUUUUGAAGAACCGUCGUGUGAGCACAUUGGUAAAAACCAAAAAAUCGAUUUUAGAACUUUGUUAAAAAACGAUUUUCGUUUCGAACAAUUAGUGCGUGAAGAUCUUCAAGAAAACGUGCACGAUUUGAAACUGCGAUAGAGUGAUAUUGUUGUGAUACAUCAGUGACCGGUGCGUGACCUCGGAUUAACUAUUAAGUGAUGAUAAACUGCAAAAUGAAUCCUUUUUUCCAAGCGUUGGUGGAUAAUUUACAAGCACAAGAAUGCGCUUCUAACGGAAAUACUAGCAUGCAAUUUUCUGACUCGAUACUAGACUUGUCCUUUAAGAAAGCAACAAUCUCGAAGGAGUCAGAAAAUUCCAGUUCACAUUCACAUUCAAACUCACUCGUAACAAACACAACGAAACAGGAUAAAGUUAAGCGUUUUUCAGAAACUGGAAAAAGUCCUUCGGAGGUUCAAAAGUUUAUGAUAACGCCAACUUCCGAAUGUGAUUCACCGAAAAAAAUUAAAUACGAGCCAGUUCAGAAUCUUACGGACACGUCAUUGCAAAACGGUGGUUUUCCCACUUCGCCAAUGAACAUUUCGAUUCCAUUAAUUCCUACUAUAUUGUCAACGUUAUUGAAUACAGAUAAUGAAGCUAUUAAUUCAACGCAACUUUUCAGCCCCCCUGCUACGUUGAUUACAGAUUCUAACAAAACUACGUUAUGCGAUUUGCCUAUAGAUAUUGCAAAAAAUACAAGACCAUUUAAGGCUUAUCCAAUAGAUCCAUUAUCGCUUACUACAGGGAGAACCGAAUUGCUAUACGAUCUAGAAUCCAGCGAAGCUUAUUCGGAGUUUCGAAAGCGAAUGCUGGAAACGAUGAAACAAUCGAACGAGGGCACGAUUACAAAGAUGCGAAAAGUGACGAGAAGUCCUGUGCCAACAAGCACUGCUGAUGAGAAAGAUGCAGCUUAUCGAGAAAGAAGAAGAAAGAAUAACGAAGCUGCAAAACGCUCUAGGGAUGCACGAAGAGCCAAGGAAGAUGAGAUUGCUAUCAGGGCAGCUUUCUUAGAACACGAAAAUAAGAAACUUAAAUAUGAAAUUUCAGUACUUAAAAACGAAACAGCUAAGUUAAUGGCUUAUUUGACUUAGGUUUCUUUUGUAUUAGUCAUCGGUAAUGAAAAAAAAAAAAAAAAAAUAUGCCUGCACAAAAUUUGUCUAGUAUUCUAUAAGUAUCAUGUUUUCUGUAAUCGUUAGUAUAAUUUAAUAGUUUAUGGUUUCGCCUUUAAUAUUUGAUACAUAGCAACAGAGAUAUUAUUUUACAAUAUAUACAGACAAUAUAUACAGUCAUAUGCAUAACAAAUAUAGUGUAAAGAUUUAACAGAUUAUAUAAAUAUACUUACUGUUAUAAUGUUAUUUCCAAGAUAAUGACAAUUGUGCUAGGUCUGAUAACUUUGCCUAGAACUUUUUUAUAUACAAUUUAUGGCAUAAGAUAUUCUAUAUGUAGUGAGCAACUCGGGAUAGAUAAAUUUAGAGGUUUAUUUAUAUAUUGAGCAACAAGACUAUAAGUGC